UUGAAAAACAGUUUUGGAAUUUGUACAGAAAAAUACUGUUCCAAAAUCGGCACGAUUAUAAUUUUACAUACUAAAUAUUGCUAAUGAAAAUAUCACUUCAGUCUGUCGGUAUUAUUAUUUUCCUAAUUAAAAAUAGAUAUAAAUGCCACAUUAAUUGUAUGUAGAAUAGAAUACCUAUUAUUACCAUACCCACAGCAAUUAUUCAACUACCUUAUUUCCUAUAUUAGCCCUUUAUUUAAUUACUUCAUUUACUAUCUUCUUCUUCUUCCUUUUUCUUCUCACACUCAACACACACUCAAAACAAACACAAAGAUAUACAAAAUACAUAAUACAGUAUCGUGUAUCUAUUCUCUGAAGCAAUGGAUAUGGCUUCAUCCCUAGAGGAGGGCCCACCAAAUCCAUCUUUCGCCAUGAGAGAUGAUAAUAACACCAUUAGGUUUCCGAGAAGCUCCUCCACCAAAGAGCUGCCGCUCUCCGACGCCGUCUGCCUCCCUCCCCGCCUCAGCGCCACCACCGCCGCCUCCCUUUCGCUCCUCCACCACCACUCCCAGCCGCCAACCCCACGCAUUUCCUUCGCCUCCAAGGUCGACGCCGCCGCCGCCGCGGCCGACGCCUCCGCCUACCGCUGCAUCUCCUCCGUGCUGAAGAAAGACGGCCAGAUCCUCUGCGUCGCCGCCGCCAACGGGCUGAUAUACUCCGGCUCGCAGGGCAACGUCGUCCGCGUGUGGAAGCUGCCGGAGUUCACCGAGUGCGGGCAGCUCAAGACCAAGGCGGGCAUGGUGGUGGCGCUGCAGGUGUCGAACGACAGAGUCUACGCCGCGUACGCCGACUGCAAGAUUAGGGUUUGGCGCCGCACGUGGGAGGGUGUCAUCAAGCACGUGAGGGUUGCCACUGUGCCGAUGGCCGGAAGCUUUGUCCGGAGUUACAUUUCCGGCAAGGAUAAAAUGAUGAAGCAUUUAGGACCAAUCACAUCGCUGGCGAUAAACACCUCCGACGACAUCCUCUACUCCGCCGCCGUGGACAAGACGGUCAAAGUAUGGAGAAUCUCCGACUUCAAGUGCAUCGAGACAAUCCAAGCCCACCCGGAGCCCAUCAACGCCAUCGCCCUCGCCGACGACGGCGUCCUCUACACCGCCUCCGACGACGCCACCGUCAGGGUGUGGCGGCGCAACUUCUGCAGCGGCUCCCGCCCCCACUCCCUCACCGUCACCCUCCCCGCCAAGCACUCCCCCGUCAAGACCCUAGCCCUCACCUACGACGGCGCCGUCCUCUACGGCGGCUGCACCGACGGCUACGUCCACUACUGGCUCAAGGGCUGGUUCUCCGGCCAGCUCCAGUACGGCGGCGCCCUCCCCGGCCACACCCACGCGGUCAUGUGCCUGGCGAGUGCGGGUAAUUACUUGGUUACCGGGUCGGCCGACUCGACGGGUCGGGUCUGGGUCAGAGAGCUGGACGGGCUUCAUUCUUGUGUUGCGGUUUUGCAGGGGCAUAGGGGCCCGAUCAGGUGCGUCGCGGUGUUCAUGAGCCGCGUGGAGGAGAGUGGCGAAGAGGGGUGCACUGUGUGCACCGGGAGUCUCGAUGGGGUGAUUAAAAUGUGGCGCGUGAGGAAUAAUAAUACGACCCUGAUUCGAGAUUCUACGUUGACUAAUGCUCGUAGUGAGUAUUUUGAGUUGACUUGAAAAUCAGAUACUAAAAUUAUCAAAUUAGAGUGAGUGAUACUUGUUGCCUCUUUUUUUCUUUUUUUUUUUUUAAUUUCUUUUAGUAUUUGAAAUGUAUAUUUGAGUCGUAAAAGUUGAAAAGUGACAAUCUAGCUAUUUUUGGGCAUGUGUGUUUGGUUUUUAUUUUAUUUAUGAGAAAGAAAACUAUGGUCUCAUUUGACAU